UGGAUGUGUGGUAGAAGAUUCAGAAGCAUGCUUAUUUGGAGGGGCUGCCCACCGGAUCAAUGUUUAACUGUCUACUCUGGACACUAGAUCCAAUUACACUGAAAUCAGCAACAGACCGAGAUCAAACCUGGUUGAACUGUUAUUGUCUCCAACUCACUUCUCUGUUGGAGGAAGCUACCUGAUGAACAUUGCAUGCCAUUACAAGUAUAUCAGCAGAAUGGAAGGCUGUCAAAGAAAUACCACCACUGCGGAAAUGGGAAUUAGACAAAGAUCUGUGAAAUAUUGUCAAUCUUUGAGCUAUGUGCAAUUCCCAGUUGCAGACUGGACUAUAGACUGCAGAUGGCACUGGCGGUGGGUAGGUAGGGAGAUUUCACAAACUGGCUUCAUGAUGUAGGUGAAAGCAUGGAAUACAUCCCUCCUCCUGCCUUAAGUGGCUUCAAAUGUCAUUUGAAUUUACUUUUUUUAUAUUUCCCUUACUAUCUUAUUGUUCUUAGAAACACUGAGUUGCUCCCAUAUUGAGUAGACAAGAGAGCAGGUGGGGCAUUAGGAGGGCUGUUCAGGCUUGGCACUUAGGAUUCUCCAGACAAGCUCAAAGCAGGUAAAUGGAGAUUCAGAGAACAAUUUUCAAGUGAAUAUUGGAAAGCCAGAACCAGAACCACUGUGAAUGAUUGUAAACACCAUGACAUAGUAAAGACAGUAUAAUAAUGGCAUUCCAAUUACACUGGCUGCUCUUUACUGAAAGGAUCCUCUAGCCCCAAGGGUUAGUUCUCUGGAUCUCUCCUCCCUCGAUAGCCGGUGAUGAAGGCAGUCUGUUUAUCGGCUUGCAUAUUUGCAAUUGGUUCAUUAGCUCUUAUUUCUUGUAAGCAGGCAUGGGGUAUGGCCUGUGGCUACGCAAGUUGGCAUGGGGUUUGCAAAAACUUUAUGGUGCUGCCAUUCUUUAUCAAAGUGUGUAGUAAAUCUUGGUAAAAGCAUGGCAAAAUAUGUUAAAACAUAGUGAAUGCAACAAGGUCAAUCCCAGAGGAGUACAGCACAAUAACUCAACAGUAAAGGGAAGUUAAAAUGUGGCAACUGAACAAUGCUGGUGAACAAAAGGUUUUGGAGAGAGAGAGAGAGCAAGAGAGCUGCACAUGAUCUCAUCCACAGCUUCCAUAAAAGGCAAUGCUGCUGCUGUAGCUUUAAGAGCUUCUCACAGGAUUCAAGAAUUCCAGCAGGCCCUUGCAAUGAUGAAGCUCUGAUCAGCUGCUUACAACAUCCUUCAAGGAAUAGAUGCUGGAAUUGAAGCAAAUGCAAAUCACAUUGAACCGCCUCAUGCGGCUCUCCCCAUCAUAUUCCAAUGCUUAACCUCUCUCUCUCUCUCUCUGCCGUGAAUACCCUUUCUACACCGUUGCUGUUUGCGUGCAUGUUAUGUAACCAGCCUGCACGGUAUAAGCAAGGUGAAAGCCUCUUAAAUUAGGUACCUGGCACAGUGCAGAUUGCCACUGGAGUUCUAAUGUCUGUACUGGUAUUCCACAGCCGACCCCUGCCUCUGCUGGAGAGGAGAGUGAAGAGGACAAGCAGUUCAGGAGUAUUUUCCAGCAGAUCGCAGGAGAUGACAUGCAGAUCAUGGCUCACGAACUGAAGAAUGUGCUCAACAGGGUUGUUUCGAAGCACAAGGACCUGAAGACAGAUGGGUUCAGCCUGGAGUCCUGCAGGAGCAUGAUCGCGCUCAUGGAUACUGACGGUACAGGCAGACUGAACCUGCAGGAGUUCCGCCACCUCUGGAACAAGAUCAAGCAGUGGCAGGUCACUUUCAAACAUUACGAUGCUGAUCAGUCAGGAACCAUCAGCAGCUAUGAGAUGCGCAAUGCUGUCAAUGAUGCAGGAUUCCGUCUCAAUAACCAGCUGUAUGACAUCAUCACCAUGCGCUACGCGGACGAGAAGAUGAACAUCGACUUCGACAGUUUCAUCUGCUGCCUGGUGCGGCUGGAGGGGAUGUUUAGAGCUUUCCAGGCCUUUGAUAGGGACGGCGACGGAGUGAUCAAGCUCUCUGUGCUGGAGUGGCUGCAGCUGACCAUGUACGCCUAGACUGCAGGGAGCAGUGUGUGAGAGGGGCCAUCCCCCCCAAAGAGACUGCCGCCUCACAGUCUGUGCCUCAUCCUCCCAGUGUGCCAAGUCCUCCUCUAAUCACUGUGCAAGUUACUCAAUUAACCUUUCCUUUAACCACCCUAGCAAGGACCAAAGUCUCCCCUGCUUCUUAGAUGUGUGGCCUGACCCCAUCUCCACACUGUUAAUCAGAAUCUGGGCAUCGCUGGAAAUAAUUAAUUAAAAUAAUUAGUGUGAGUGCUGGGACAAAUAUUGAAAUAUUCUAAAACUGCUUGACAUGUAUUCAUUAAUAUAACAGGAUUUUUAAAUGACUAUUGCAAAGGAAACCAAUACAUUAAUAAGGUCUCAAACAAAUAACACACAUGAGAUACUAUUCACAAGAAUGUUCCUCUGCUUUCUUUAAUAGAUGUCUUUAACCCCAGAGGGUUUUUACUGAACACACUCGACUUCCAUAAGAAAGAAUGUUUGUUUAAAUUUCCAAAGAUCUGAAUAUGAAAAGCCUGUUCACCCUGGCCCCAGGUAGUUUAUGCUAAAAGAAACUUGAAGACAUUGACAUCACAUCGAAAUGCUUGUAACUAUAUAAUUAACGUUUUUUCUAGUAUCAGUAUAGCACAGGACAUAAGGAAACCUGCCUUGGUAUUUCAAUAAAAUAAAGCUGUACCUUCAGCCUCACCCAAAUUCCCUCAAGUUACACAGGAAACAGCAUCCUUAUAAGUUUUGCACAGAUUGAGGUGAAUGAUUGAAUUCUUAAUUGGCCUGUCCAUUCACUGCAGACUCCCUCCCUCUCAGCUCCUGUACAAACUCUACUGACUUCCAUCCCUUUCAGAUCCAAUCUCUGCAGACUCCCUCCCUCUCAGCUCCUAUACAAACUGUAUUGACUUCCAUCCCUUUCAGAUCCAAUCUCUGCAGACUCCCUCCCUCUCAGCUCCUAUACAAACUGUACUGACUUCCAUCCCUUUCAGGUAACUCCUUGUUAUCCGAAGCAUAUCUGAUCCUUUAUCAGUCAGUCUAGCAGCAGUACACUCUCAUUUCUUAUCUGCUUAGACAUACAUUUUUGGUGCUGCUGUAUAAUUCUAGCUUAGGCUCGACAUACAUCCAAGCCCCACUGUGUGUAGAGUGCUUCUGUAAGUCAAAUGAAUUGAUAACAAGCAGCCAUUUAAAUACUAUUGCUUAAAGUGUAUGGAAAUACAACCAGCCUGUAAGCCUUCUAGCAGUGGUGUGCAGUGUGACAGUCCUGAAUCCCUUCUCAGUCUUAUCAAGGGCUUUGCCAACCAAGAAACGAGCGUUGCAAUUCACAAGCCUGUAUUAUUGCUGGAAUAUUACACACCCAGGAACUCUAAACAGGAUCAUUCUGCACUUCACAUUGUUUAUCACGCAGUCAUCCUUUUUCUAAACUCUUUCUACAAUUUCUCAUGCUUAUUGCUGAAUCUACUAAAGAAAUUCCCAAUGUUACACCCUUUUUUUCUGAGCUUGUCAGUCCCAAUGCUUUUUCAUGAAGAUCCUCGCUUGGACAGUACUCAACACCUGUUCUCUUUACACUGUCAAACAUAUUUAAUGUUAACUCCCAUGGGAGGCACUCUGUUUAUAUGGCGGUCUGGUGCCCCCUGACUUCAGGAUUAUUACUGUAUCUAUUUCUUCAAACCUGUUGGAAAUGUUCUGCAGCGUAAUUCACCAGCUUAGUUCUCAAUUGCUUGGACAGAAUAGCAAGCUCUGGCCAAAGCAUUCCCCAGCAUGACAUGGGGUCAAUCACAUAGCAAGACCCAACACCCAAAUAAAAGUGCCCUGGUGUUGAUGUAAUCAGUUAUUGGGUUGGAAUUAUGAAGUUUUUCAUUUAAAAAAGAAAAUGGCAAAAUGAGUGUACUGCAUUUAUCAUUUAAAUCAAAUAAAACUUACUGAUCAGAU